UUCUCUUCCUGUAGCCACCAGCUAACCUACAUUCCUGCUGACAGCAGAGACCCUGGUUUAAAUAGGUGUGUGUCAGCUGACAGUUGUGUGAUGCUAGCAUGUUAGCGUCGGAGUUAGCAAGAAGAUACUGUACUAAUUCAGCAUUUAUCGAAGUAGUUGCGUUUCUCUUUUAUAGUUCAACCAGUUCUUUGUUUGUUUUUUUACUUUAACGUUAAAUAUGUAAACAAAGCGAACGAAGUUUUUAACAUGAAACCCUUCCAAAGCUAAGUGUCUUUUUACAGCACUUAGCAAGCUAAAAGCCAGGAAGCUAAUCUUCCUAACAACCGUAGCUAGCUGUGACAGCAGGUAAGCUAAUCAACGGUUAUCUUCAUGGAGAGCCUUAAAGUGCUAGCCACGCUUUCAAGAUUAGUAUUUAGGGUGAGUUAUGUGAACAAACUGUAGACCCGCAGCUCCUCUGAAAGUAAAUGUUGAAUAAAUGGCGAAAAUUGAGCAGGGCAAUGGGGUUGACUUGCGGGGCAGCACCGAAAAGUUGACAGAUAAUGGGAAAGGCAGCUCGUAUGGAGCCGACCUAGAGGUAAACGGCAAUUUCCCCGGGGAGAAACAGGUGGACAAGUACGGGUUCAGUGGAGGAGCCCAGCAGCACUCAUCUGUUGAAGAAAUCCCAACUGAUGUUCUGAGGCAGCGGGAGUCAAAAUGGCUGGAAAUGCUCAACAGCUGGGACAAGUGGAUGGCAAAAAAACACAAAAAGGUGAAAGAGCGCUGCCAGAAGGGGAUCCCUCCUUCCCUGCGUGGCCGGGCCUGGCUUUACCUCACAGGGGCCAAGGUUAAAAGGGAGCAAAACCAAAGAAAAUUCCAGGAACUGGACAGUCAGCCAGGAGAUCCUAAAUGGGUAGAUAUCAUUGAGAGGGACCUCCAUCGGCAGUUCCCCUUUCAUGAAAUGUUUGAAGCCAGAGGGGGUCAUGGGCAGCAAGACCUGUUCCGCGUGUUGAAGGCUUACACUCUGCAUCGGCCUGAAGAGGGUUAUUGUCAGGCUCAGGCUCCAAUCGCUGCUGUUCUCCUGAUGCAUAUGCCAGCCGAGGAUGCAUUCUGGGGUCUUGUUCAGAUUUGUGAGAAAUACCUUCCUGGAUACUACAGCUCAGGGCUGGAGGCGAUCCAGCUGGACGGGGAGAUCCUGUACGCUCUGCUGCGACGAGUGUCUCCGGUAGCCCACCGUCACCUGAAGAAGCACAAGCUGGAGCCCAUCCUGUACAUGACCGAGUGGUUCAUGUGCGCCUUCUCUCGGACCCUGCCCUGGGCCUCUGUACUGCGGGUCUGGGACAUGUUCCUCUGUGAGGGAGUAAAGAUCCUCUUUCGGGUUGGCCUGGUUCUCUUGAAAUGCACGUUGGGAUCCCAGGAGAAACUAAAGGCCUCUCAGGGUCUGUAUGAAACAAUGGAGCUGCUCCGAGCUAUACGGCCACAGUACCUUCAAGAAAGCUUCCUGGUGCAAGAGACAAUCGAGUUAGCAGUGUCAGAGAAAGAUAUUGAGAAGGAACACCUUGCUCAGCUGCGACGCUGGAAGGAGUCUCAUGGAGAUCUACACUGCAAGUCGCCUCCCAGGAUGCACGGCGCUAAAGCUAUCAUUACUGCGGAGCCUCCGAGCCGCCAGGACCUGAGACAGAGGCCCACCAUCAUCGUGCAGUCGCCCCUGGCAACACAGACAGCCGGAGAGGACGCCAAGGAGAGUGCAAAGACUAACAAGGGGAAACAGAAGAAAACAACGCUUCCGCCGGUGGAGGCGGUUAAUCCUUACCUCUCUCCCAGUGAGCCCUCGCCUCUCCUCAAACACAUGACCAUUCAAGGGUCCAAAGAGAGUCUGAGCAGCGCCGAGCAUGACACUUACCUGUAGCGGGGUAAGUGUCACCAGUUUACUAACAUCCAUCCUUCACUACAGCCUUUACAGUUUUCAGUAAAAGUUCUUAAGUCACAGUGACAUGACGAACCUUCCAUGACUUACUGUCUGUAGUAGUUGUGACAGAUUUUAUUCAAAUGGGUGUUUUUACAAUCAAGAAAAAGGAAUCAUAUUUUCAAAGCUUGUGAAAGUGACUGCUUCAACUAGCACUAUUGCUAUUGCUUGACGGAAAGGUAUUGUCUGCAUGGCAAUAACUCAGCCCUUUCCGCAGGGGUUGCACAUCCAACAUUUUCUAACUCAACAUAUAGGUGGAAAAAAUUUAGAACUUUGAGGACAUUUUGUUUUGGUGUAUACGUAUUUUUGUCCUCGUCACAAUUGUGCAUAAGCUCAUGCCUGUGCGACCGCCCGUGUGCGAGGCAUAACUCAGCUUUAAAACUCAACAGAGUUUUGCUGUCAUGUCAUUUAUACAUGUUUCUAUUUACUGUAGCUAUAACUAAAUGGAACUCCCAACUGUGUAAUUGCACAAAGCAACAAUAGAUGACAACUCUGUGCUGUGAGGGAUAUUGAGCUACUUCAGCUAUAUAAUACUGCAGGGAUGACUUCUUUUUAAAAGCCAGCCUGAGUAUCACUGCUUCACUCAACAAAGCCAAGGGGAUUUUUCCAUUUGAGUUUGGAUUAUUGCAGAAACAAAAAGUGUUUCAUACUUUUUGUUUAGCAAGAAGAAUGAACACCACUUUCACCACUUUGUGGUGUGGAGUGAUGGCGUUUAAUGUCACCAAUGUCAACUGGUCUAAACAACAGAGCUUAUAUCAGGCAUCUUAAAGAACUUUUUUUUUUUAAAUUGAACUAGAAGUGCAAAAAUGCUGACUAAUUUCCAGGUGUUAGGAUUCCUUCCCGCAUAUCAGCUUCACAUAAAUAUAUGGGAUUCACAGUACACUCGCUAACUCACUGUAAACAGCUUCUGCUGCUACUUACCUCCUUAACUUUACCUCUUAGAUUCUUUCCUUUGUGAUAAAUGAAGUAUGAUGUUGUCUUAAUUGAUGAGGUCUUUUCGACUGCACUUUGUCCUGAUAGUCUUCCUCUUUGCAUACUGUUGCCAAGGCAGAGAUUCCUAUUUACCCUGCUUUGCUAGACGUGCACUAAUACGCACAUUGGACUCUCAAGGCAGCAUCCAGGAGUCUUUGCUGACGUUGAACACUUGAGGGCGUCCUCAGAUUAUCUCACAGCCGCAGCAGGGACCAUCACCAGUCUCUGAGUGAGAGCGAAAACUGACACAAUGAAGGAAGAAGUGUUACGGGACAAUUUGUGCCACUAAGCCAAAGAUUUUUAAUGCAUAUCUUUUAAAGAUUCUUUUAAAUAUAUGUUUUCAAAGCAGUUUAUCCAAUCAUAUUGUGAUUCAGUAUUAGGGAGAGGUUUGUGUUUUUAUUGAGUUAUGAUGAAAGAUGCCAUGUUCAAGAACGAUAACACAAAGCUGUUGUUUUUACAAUCAUGCUUGAAGGUUUGUGGGCCCCUUAGACUUAAAUAUAUAUAAUGUUACUUUAAAGAAAAAAUGAGCAGAAGGAGAUUUGUUCGGUUGCUGCAACCUCAGAAUCCAAUCUCUGGUUUCGAUAAUAGUGUUAUUUUACGGAUCAAACUAGAUAAAACUGCUCAACUUAAUUGACUUAAAAAUAAUAAUGAGAUGGUUAUAACCUUUAGCCGUUCUUUUGUAAUGGUAUGAUUUAGCAAAAAAAAAUGUAAAGACUGGUUCUCUUUGGUUUUUAAGAAAUAUGAAAGUAUUAAAAGCCAAGGGAGUCAUAAACCUUUGAAUAUGACCUUAUACUAUUGAGCUCAUUUUUUCUGAGCUGUGACAAUGAAGAAAUCGCUUGAGAUCAUUCUAUAUGAAUUCAUAAAUUCCCACUUUAGGAAAAGACUGUAUUAGUAGGUGUGUAACUUUACAUCAGAUUAUAUGCUGUCAAGACUUUUAUAUUGGAAAAUUGGUUGUGGGUAUAUGUGGAUUGUUUUGGAAGUAUAUGCUACGGGUUCAUUUUCUGUCUAUUUGUACUGGAAUUGUUGACCUACCAUGUUCUGUGAAGCCUUUAAAAUUUCUACUUUAAGAAGGAUAAAUCUAAAUCAAAAUACAAAUCACAUUUAAGCAGCUGUCCUGUAGAUGGCGCCACUGAGCUUCAUCCAGGAGUUCAAAUGAAGGAUAUCGGGGAUGUGGUUUGGCAUCUUAAAAUCCGAUUAGAUUCCUGUUUAAUAUUCAUUACAAAUAUAUUUUAUUAUUCAACUCCUUAUAACUAAUCAUUGCAACUAUUAUGAUUUAGGAAAAGAUUGUAAAUGUGUAACUUAUCUUGCUGUCAGUCUAUCUGUAUUUCUGAUCUGUUUUUAUCAUUUGAAUUGAAAUCAACGUCUCAUAUCUGUAGUUGGAACAUAGCUGUUUUAUACCAAAUUACUUCAUUAAAUCAAUACAGAAAAAAACUUUA